GCUGCGCCCUCAGUGAGUACCAUAUAUUGAAUUUAAAUUUAAAGCAACAAUGGUGUUACUUCGUGACGUAAGCGUCACAAUCAGAUCCCUCCGAGCUUUCUUUUGUUCAAACCUUCACCUUUUACAUUCACGACUUGCAACGAUUUUUCUUCUCUUCGAAACGCUAUGAAGUCCAUUCGAAAAAGUUUGAAUGGAACUAAAGACUCACUCAGAAAUCAGAUAUCUACACCACUCCCUUUACCUUCCGUCUCCAAACCCGCCUCUGCAGUUACCCCGCCGCAGAAAGUAAUCAGAGCAACCGCGGACUACCGGUCCCAAGCUCCCCAAGAGCUCUCGUUCAAAAAGGGAGACUUCUUUUAUGUCCUGAGAGACGUCGACGAUCGCGGAUCGUGGUACGAAGCGCACAACCCGAUAUCAGGCGCACGGGGGCUUGUUCCGAGAGCAAUGUUUGAAGAGUUCAAUAAAACUUCCGUUUCCUCUCGUAUCUCUCAAGGUAGUAGUCUUGGUAACAUCAGCAUUCCCACCGGGAUACGCUCGUCGGACGUUCCUUUGACACCCAAAAGUCCCACCAAGUCGCAGGUGUUUUACGCCAUCGUCUUGCAUGAUUUUGAGGCUGAGCGAGCAGAUGAGCUUGAUGCCAAACGCGGCGAUGCCAUUACUGUCGUUGCACAGUCUAAUCGUGAAUGGUUUGUUGCCAAGCCAAUCGGAAGGCUGGGUCGACCAGGACUCAUUCCUGUCUCCUUCGUGGAGAUUCACGAUCCAUCAACAGGAAGAGCUGUUCCCGAUGUGAAUGCCCUUAUGGAUCGAGGAGAUUUACCAAAAGUUGAGGAUUGGAAGCGGGCGAUGUUUAAUUACAAACAGAGCAGUAUUGCUCUAGGAGUUAUUGACGCACCAGCCGUGCCGAAUAGUCCCUUUGUUAAUGCACAACCUCCACCACUUCCCCCUUCAUCCAACCUGUCCGUCAUCGAGGAUCCUGCCGCCCGCAAGCAGUCGACACCAUCGAUAUCCUCUGGUCCCGACAGUGCCGAUUGCCUUCCUGAAGGCAUCCUUCUGUAUGCCGAAGCAGUUUCUUUCCACUAUGAAAUGGAAGAGUACUGGUUUCGAGUAAACGCAAUAUUUCAACCUUAUCCUCCGCCUGGUCAGGAUUCACUGCCAAAUGCGAAACAGCUCAUCUUGUUCCGAGUGUAUAACGAUUUCUACGAUUUUCAAGUCUCAUUGCUUGAUACCUUCCCAAGAGAAGCAGGUCGACAGCCUCCACAUCCACGGAUGUUGCCCUACAUGCCAGGGCCGGCUGAAAACGUCAACGAUCAACUCACCGCGACCCGCAGAUCGGAGCUUGAUGAGUAUCUACGUAGUCUUUGCGACCUCAACAAAGCCGGGGCCAAGUAUAUCCUGGAACACAAAGUGGUUAGGGAGUUUCUCUCCUUGAAACCUGGCGAUGUCGAAAGUGAAACUGAACCGAGGAUGCAGGAGAUAGAAACACUUUUUGCAACUGACGAUGAUGAACAGUAUGGCAAUGACGAUGAAUAUGAUGAAGUUCGGGACACUCUUGGAAGGAUGAAAGUUGAGGAUGACAGAAAAAGCGCAGGUUCGGAAUACGGAGAGGACGAGGGCUACGCACCCUCUCCACAGGGGACGUAUGAUCGACAUCCUUAUGCACGGGUCGAUGAAAGAAGGCCUGACGAUAACCUUCGUCUGCAUGCUCACACUCAGAAUCAUCAACGCAAUGGCUCUACUUCAUCCUUUAACCGCACAUCGUCACCAUAUACCUCCAACUCCCGGUCGAACUCACCCAUUCCUGAACGUGGUCAAUCUCCUCUGCUUGAUGGUGAAUACUCGUUGAGACAUUCGACUGGCAAGACUCACAAUGCAUCCUCACCAUCAGUAUCAUCUGUACGCUCAACAAAUGCACCUACCGUAGGUAGAGCACGUUCACACUCAAAUGCCAACAAUCCACCCAUAUCAGCAGCCAAUCCCCAGACAGCAUUUGUCAAGAUCAAAAUCUUUGACCGUGUUGCCGACGACCUUAUAGCCAUACGUGUCCAUCCGCUUGUGACCCACUCAGAGCUGAUGGACAAGGUGCAGACGCGAUUAGGAGGGGAAGUCAGUAAUCUUAGGUUCCGUGACAGCAUGAGCAACGCCUUUGUUGCAUUGGAUGAUGACAAUCAGCUGAGAGCAUGGAUGGAUGGAACGGACAAGCAUGUACUAUACGCUGAUUAAGCCCACCCACUGGAUGGAACAUUGGUCUGACAUCCGAACUCGCAUUUGGAUAUCUAGUUCUUGAUUCUAGUCUCUUUCGAUUUCUUUCUUGUAUGUGUGACUAAAUGUCUUCUUCCAACUAUCCAUUAUUAUCUUCGUUGUUCUCUGUUUCUCUUUUGUUUUCCGUGUUCAUCUCGAUGUCUUUCUGAAUAUAAUGUAAUAGUUGCUUACAACUAGCUUAGAAUGAAGCACGUCGUAUAAGAUGCACAGGCUGAGCAUUAUUUAACUAUGCAUGCUGAACGUUUCAACGUUGAAUCCCGGAAAGGACUCCGACGACUGCCAAAAGAGGCAAUAUAUCACCGGCACCAGUCAGACAU